GCCGGCCGCCGGCGGUGGGGAGGGGGCUCUCGGCGCCAUGGCGUCGGUGAAGGUGGCUGUCCGAGUCCGGCCCAUAAACCGCAGGGAGAAGGAUUUGGAUGCUAAAUUUAUUAUUUCAAUGGAGAAAAAUAAAACAACAAUUACAAAUAUGAAGAUACCAGAGGGAGGAACUGGAGACCUUGGAAGAGAACGGACUAAAACAUUCACAUAUGACUUCUCCUACUUCUCAGCUGAUGCAAAAAGUCCAAACUAUGCAUCUCAGGAAAUGGUAUUUAAGAACCUUGGCAGCGAUGUCCUCAAAUCUGCUUUUGAAGGUUAUAAUGCUUGUAUUUUUGCAUAUGGACAGACUGGAUCUGGGAAGUCAUAUACUAUGAUGGGAAAUGCUGGGGAUCUCGGUUUAAUACCUCGGAUUUGUGAAGGAUUAUUCAACCGAAUAAAUGAAAAAACAAGAUGGAAUGAAGCCUCUUUUCGGACAGAGGUCAGUUACCUGGAAAUAUAUAAUGAACGUGUCAGAGAUUUAUUGAGGCGCAAAUCUACAAAAACAAAUAACUUAAGAAUUCGUGAGCAUCCAAAAGAAGGUCCUUAUGUUGAAGACUUGUCCAAACACUUAGUACAAAAUUAUGGUGACGUAGAAGAACUUAUGGAAGCAGGAAACAUAAACCGGACCACUGCUGCGACUGGAAUGAAUGAUGUCAGCAGCCGAUCCCAUGCCAUUUUCACCGUCAACUUCACUCAGGCAAAGUUUGAUGAUGAAAUGCCAUGUGAGACAGUUAGCAAAAUACAUUUGGUAGACCUUGCUGGAAGUGAGAGAGCAGAUGCUACUGGAGCUACAGGUGUCAGAUUAAAAGAAGGAGGAAAUAUUAACAAAUCCCUAGUUACUCUGGGAAAUGUAAUUUCUGCCUUAGCUGAUUUAUCUCAGGAUGCCUCAAACCCCCUUACAAAGAAGAAGCAAGUAUUUGUGCCUUACAGGGAUUCUGUUUUGACAUGGCUUUUGAAAGAUAGCCUAGGAGGAAACUCUAAAACAAUAAUGAUUGCAACUAUUUCACCUGCUGAUGUCAAUUACGGAGAAACCUUGAGCACCCUUCGCUAUGCAAACCGAGCCAAAAACAUAAUCAACAAGCCUACCAUUAACGAGGAUCCAAACGUCAAGCUAAUUCGUGAGCUUCGAGCUGAAAUAGCCCGGCUGAAAACUCUGCUUGCUCAGGGGAAUCAGAUUGCGCUUUUGGAUUCUCCAACAGCCCUAAGUAUGGAAGAAAAGCUUCAACAGAAUGAAGCCAGAGUGCAAGAGCUUACUAAAGAGUGGACCAACAAGUGGAAUGAAACCCAAAAUAUUCUAAAAGAGCAAACUUUGGCUCUAAGGAAGGAAGGAAUUGGUGUUGUGCUAGAUUCCGAGCUGCCUCACCUAAUAGGCAUUGAUGAUGAUCUUCUCAGUACUGGCAUCAUCUUGUAUCACCUGAAGGAGGGACAAACACACGUUGGCAGAGAAGAUGCUGCAUCAGAACAGGAUAUUGUCCUUCAUGGCCUCGAUUUGGAAAGUGAGCACUGCAUCUUUGAACAUUUCAAUGGAACAGUUAAUUUAAUACCACUGAGUGGAGCACAAUGUUCUGUAAAUGGAAUUCAGAUCACAGAGGCCAUACAACUCAACCAAGGUGCUGUAAUAUUACUUGGGAGAACAAAUAUGUUUCGUUUCAAUCAUCCGAAGGAAGCAGCCAAAUUGAGAGAGAAAAGAAAGAGUGGACUGCUUUCUUCCUUCAGUUUGUCUAUGUCAGAUCUUUCAAAAUCUUGUGAAAACCUCUCAGCAGUGAUGCUGUAUAAUCCAGGCCUUUUCCCUAUUAAAGGACCAAUCUGUCUAAGAUUAGAAUUUGAGAGACAGCAACGAGAAGAACUCGAAAAAUUAGAAAGUAAAAGAAAGCUGAUAGAAGAAAUGGAGGAAAAGCAAAAGUCUAACAAAGCUGAAUUAGAAAGAAUGCAGCAAGAGGUGGAGUCUCAACGUAAGGAAACGGAAAUAGUUCAGCUGCAAAUCCGAAAGCAAGAGGAGAAUCUUAAAAGGAAAAGCUUUCAUAUAGAAAGCAGGAUGAAAGACUUGCUGGCAGAAAAGGAAAAAUUUGAAGAAGAGAGAUUACGUGAGCAGCAAGAAAUAGAGCUUCAAAAAAAGAAGCAAGAAGAAGAAUUUUUUGCUCGAGUUAAAGAAGAACUUCAGCGAUUACAAGAGCUCAAUCAGAAUGAAAAAGCGGAGAAAAUGCAGAUUUUCCGAGAACUGGAAAAGCUUAAAAAGGAAAAAGAGGAGCAGUAUAUCAAGUUAGAAUUGGAAAAAAGGAGAUUGGAAGAGGAAGAAAGAGAUCAAGUAUUGCUGGUGGCAAACUUGGAAGAGCAGCUCAGAGACAAACAAGCCAUGAUACAUCUGGUCAAACUAGGAGAUGUGCAAAGGGCUGAAGAAGAGAAGAAGAAUCUUGAAGACAUCAGAGAGUCCCUCUUGCGAGUCAAAGAGGCCAGGUCUGAAGGAGAUGAAAACAGCGAGGAGUUAGAAAAGGCACAGUACAACUUCAUGGAUUUCAAGAGGAGGCAGCUAGAACAGCUAACUAGUUUAGAGAGAGACUUGGGUCAGCAAAGGGAUCAUCUAGAAAAAGACGUAGCUGAUGAACAUGAAAAUCUGAAUCGUUUGAAGUGUGCACACGCACAACAUUUAAACCUUGAGAAAAAUGAUGAAAACAUGCUGGAUGCUGCCUUAACAGUUGAAGAAUGUAACAAAAUAAAAUCAUGUGAGUACAGGCUGCAGCUUAAAGAACGGCAGCUUCUGUAUCUGACAAAUAACCAUUUGCCAGCUUUGUUGGAAGAAAAGCAGAGAGCCUCUGAAGUUCUCGAUAGAGGCCUGCAGAACUUGGACAAUACUCUUUAUGAAGUUGAAAAAGAAAUGGAAGAAAAAGAAGAUCAGAUAGCACAGUACAAGGCAAGUGCCAGCCAGCUGCAGCAGCUUCAGGAGACAUUUGAAUUCACUGCCAAUGUAGCUCGUCAAGAAGAGAAAGUUCGGAAGAAGGAGAAAGAAAUUCUAGAAUCAAAGCAAAAGCAGCAACGGGAGGCGCUGGAGCAAGCGGUGGCUAAGUUGGAAAGGCGACACUCUGCUUUGCAGCGUCAUUCAACCAUAGAAAUUGAGGAGCAAAAACAGAAGCUUGCAACUCUGAACAGCAGUUGCAGCGAACAGGCAGGCCUGCAAGCUACUCUAGAGGCAGAACAAAAAGCCUUGGAAGAAGACAGAGAACACUUGGACUUGCAAAUACAGCAGUUAAAGCAGAAGAUAUAUGAAGGCGAUGGGGUUGAAAAAGGGUCCCUAGGAGCUGGAGAAGAGAGAUUGUCCCAUAGCAGUUCCCCUUCUAGUGUUACAAAAUCUCAACCCCACUUUAUUCCAUUGGUCGAUGACAGAAUAAAUGCCUUUAUUGAAGAAGAAGUUCAAAGACGUCUUCAAAACAUACACUACACAUGUGGAGAAAAUAAUAAUAGUCUCCUUCAGUCUGCAGAACUUUCAAAGGAUAACCAGAAGUUUUAUAAUGAUACUGCUCAACGCAAGUUGAAGUAUGAGAAAAUGCCCCUUUAUGGCUUUCUCGCUGUACCUACUAAUGACAGCCAAUGUUAUACAAGUGAAGAUACAAGAAUAGCAGACAUCAGUAAGCAGGACGAAAGCAUAGAUGCAUUCAAUCCUCAUUGGAGAAGAAUCCCGGAGUUCUGCAUGACUCAAAAAACUACAAAUAAAAAAAGACAGUUAGGACAGGAAUACAUCAGCUGGCUGUGCAGUAAUCAAUGUGACUCGAAUCAACCCAAAGUCAUAAAUAGCAAGAGAACUUGCUCCAAAUAUUCUUCAGAUUUUCAUCUUCAGGCUCAUGACAGAUAUGGAAUGAUUCAUUCAUCAGAAAGCAAAUCAGCAUGCUAUCAUUUCGACAGCACAGGCUUAGCUACUACUACUUGGGAACCCAGUAGUUUGGGAGCAGAAUCUGAUCUUGUUGUUGACUGCCGUAUUCCUCCCUCAGACCUUUUAGCCUCUGCCAAACAUCAGUCUGGAGCUUGCAUUUCUCUCUCUUUCGGAGAACACAGUAACCAGAUCCCCCAAAUUUGUGCCCAGAUUCCAUACCAGCAGUUAGAUGAAAGAGCUACGAAUGCCUGCCAGAAACCUCUCCCAGAGUCCCAUGCGGGAACAAAGCAGAGUUAUGGGCUAGGACAUCUCUUCAGCAAAUUCACCAGCAUUUACAGUGAUACCAACUAUCAAAUGUUUAAGAGUAGCUGGUUUUCUAAGCAGAUUAAAGGUCUGGCCAGUCUGUGUGACAAAAAUGAGACGUGCACACAAAUGGUGUCAUUUGUAAAAGACUUUCCAUUUAUUAAAAAAAUACAGUUAAAUCUUCUUUUAGGUGUGAACAAGAAUGGCUUCCAUGAUGCAAGUAUCACUCCAGGAAGUCCUGUGCAAAAAGAUGAAGAUAUGAAGUUCUUACACUCAGGCAUUUCAAUUGAUAUGUGUACAGCAGAUCAUUCUGAGAGAUAUACUUACUAUCCUAGAUGGGAAAAACUGGAAACUAGCCUUGUGCUUAAGCAAAAUUUUGUGUGCUUUCCAGAUGGGCUUCUGAAAUUGCAGCUGUGCUCUCAGGAUGAACUGUUGCAAUAUGUGACCUGUAUCUUGCCAGAAAUUUGUGCCAAACCUGAUGAGUUAAAAGGAAUCUACUGGAUUGCUGUAGGAAACCAUAACAGAACUGGACCAGAGCCUGCAUGCUUGCUUUUACUUGGUUCGGUCCUGUAUGCCAUUAUUGCAUCAGCCAAUCCAUUGGAGAGCAGUCAGGACUCCCUGGAAAUUUUUCAUGUUUUCCCAGUCACUGCAUUAAGAGAAAUCCAAAUUGGCUAUGCUGGACAGAGCAUCAGACUUCUGUGUUCUAAUGAAGAAAAUAUAAUGAAAAUAUUUACCUUUAACAAAUACUUCACACAAAGAAUAUGCCACGACAUACUUAGCCUUGUAAUAUCAUCAUCUGAGUCUGCUUACUUAAAUCACCCACUCCUGAAAGGAGAUCUGUUGCACCUUUCACUUGACUGGGCUUCAGCAAUCUCCGAUUUGGUUUUUGAAAAUGGUGUGCGUCUGUCAUGCAGUUUUGAAGCCAAUUUAGCUGAUCUGGUGUACAUGCUCCAUGGAAACAUGGGAAUCAACAAGCCCCAUUUAGGAGAAAUUCAGAUACUGCUCUAUACAACAGUAAAACUAGAGGGCAAAAUCCGAUCACUAGUCCUUACAAAUACUCAUGUAGGUCUUGUAGAGGAAGAUAGUAUCUUCUGCCCAGUUCCUAGCUCUUUACAUUCCCUAGUUGACCAGUUGCAAUUUGACAAAAUUAAGCUGCAUUGUUUGAGUGAGCUCAAGUGUAUAGUUGUCCUGGAGAAAGGAAAUCUAAUCGAAAUUGAGCUUGUAUUUUCUCGUGCAGGUAAGGUUGGCUGUGAUUCAUCCCACAGUUUGGCUUGCAUUUCUCAGAAAGAGGCAUUUACCCAACUGAGAACUGUUUCACCCUUUUGUUAUGCCCAACCUAGCACUCCACCAUAUAUCUGGAAAUUGACUUUCAGUUCAAAUGAAGAUGCCAUUAGGCUAAUGCUGCAUUUGACAGGACAGUAAAUCUGGGUGCUCUUUAGGUGUUACGUUCAAAAGAAUGCAAAUCAACCAAAUGUGUGUUUUCAUGUAAAUAAUCUCUCAGAUGAGACACAUACUU